CAGCCCAGCCCCGCGCUCGGCUGCUCUCGAGGAGGCCGGAGCCCCGGGAGAGGAUGCGCCCCGCGGAGCCGCCUGGGCCUGCGGGAGCCCCUACACCUUUGUGAGCCUCAAUUUACCAUGUAUGAAAUGGAGAUAACAUUCACCUGCUAUAGGAUUUUGUGAGGAUCGUUAUAUGGAAAAACCCUGGAACGGCAUCUAUCCCAAGUGCUGCACUUGAGAUGGAGUUACUGUCCCUCUGGCUCUGCCUGGGUUUUCACUUCUUGACACUGGAAUGGAGAAAUCCAAGUGGAAUGGCCACAGCAGUUUCUGAAGGGGGCUGCGAGUUGGCUGAUGGAGUGGCCGACUGCCGAGGGCAGAAGCUUGAAUUGGUGCCCAGCCAUCUCCCGCCCUACUCCCAGAUGCUCCUCCUGGACGCCAACCCGCUGAGGACCCUGUGGAACCAUUCCCUCCGGCACUACCCGGUCCUGGAGAGCCUCAGUCUGCGUGGCUGCCAGCUGGAGCGCAUCAGCUGUGGCGCCUUCCAAGAACAGGCCCAUCUACGCAGCCUGGCGCUGCCCGACAACUCCCUGUCCGAGAGCUACAGGGAGACGGCAGCUGCCUUCCGCAGCCUGCGGGCUCUGCAGACGCUGGACCUGUCGGGGAACUCCCUGACGGAAGACAUGGUGGCCCUCAUGCUCCGGAACCUGUCUUCGCUGGAGUCCGUGUCCCUGGCGAGGAACACCGUCAUGAGGCUCGACGACUCUGUCUUUGAGGGCCUGGGGCACCUCAGGGAGCUGGAUUUGCAGAGAAACUACAUCUUUGAGAUUGAGGGUGGCGCUUUCGAUGGCUUGACCGAGCUGAGGCACCUCAACCUGGCCUAUAACAACCUUCCUUGCAUUGUGGACUUCAGCCUCACCCAACUGCGCCUCCUCAACGUCAGCUACAACAUCCUAGAAUGGUUCCUGGCGUCGGGGGCCGAGGCUGCCUUUGAGCUGGAGACGCUGGACCUCUCGCACAACCAGCUGCUGUUUUUCCCGCUCCUGCCCCAGUGCGGCAAGCUGCACACACUCCUGCUGCGGGACAACAACAUGGGCUUCUACGGGGACCUGUACAACGCCUCUUCGCCUCGGGAGAUGGUGGCCCAGUUCCUCCUCGUGGACGGCAACGUGACCAACAUCACCACCGUCAACCUCUGGGAGGAGUUUGCUUCCAGCGACCUCGCUGAGCUGCGCUUCCUGGAUAUGAGCCAGAACCAGUUCCAGUACCUGCCCGACGGCUUCCUGAAGAAAAUGCCUUCCCUUGCGCACCUGAACCUCAACCAGAAUUGCUUGGUGACGCUUCAUAUCCGAGAGCACGAGCCCUCUGGGGCGCUCAAAGAGCUGGACCUGAGCCAGAACCAGCUGUCCGAGCUGCACUUGGCCCCAGGCCUCCACGGCUGCCUGAGGAGCCUCCGGUCGUUCAACCUGAGCUCCAACCAGCUCAUGGGCGUCCCCACUGGCCUUUUUGCUGAUGCCAGUAACAUCACUACAAUUGACAUGAGCCACAAUCAGAUCUCCCUUUGCCCCCCGCCGGCGGACCUGCACCGCCUGGGCCCCCCAAGCUGUGUGGAUUUCCGGAAUGUGGCUUCGUUGAGGAGCCUCUCUCUGGAGGGCUGCGGGCUGGGGGCCUUACAAGACUGUUCAUUCCAGGGGACCGCGCUCACCCACUUAGACCUGUCUGGCAACUGGGGGGUUCUGAACGGGACUGUCACCCCUCUCCGGGAUAUCGCCCCCACGUUACAGGUCCUGUCUCUCAGGAACGUGGGCCUCCGUUCCAGCUCCACGGAGUUGGACUUCUCUGGGUUUGGGAAUCUGAGAGACUUGGAUCUGUCAGGGAAUUCUUUGACCAGUUUCCCACGGUUCAGGGGCAGCCCAGCCCUGCAGACCCUGGAUCUGCGCAGAAACUCUCUCACAGCCCUUCCCUGGAGGGCCGUGUCUGAGCAGCUCACCCAAAGUCUACGCACCAUCUACCUCAGUCAGAAUCCUUAUGACUGCUGUGGGGUGGAGGGCUGGGGGUCCCUGCAGCACCUGCACACCAUUGCCGACCUGGCCACGGUCACUUGCAACCUCUCCUCCAAGGUCAUUCGCCUAAUGGAACUGCCCGGAGGCAUGCCUCAGGACUGCAAAUGGGAGCGGGUGGACAUGGGCCUGCUGUACCUGGUGCUCAUUCUUCCCAGUUGCCUCACCCUGCUGGUGGCCUGCACCGUCAUCUUCCUCACCUUCAGGAAGCCUCUGCUUCAGGUCAUCAAGAGCCGCUGUUACUGGUCUUCCAUAUACUGACCCGGCUCCAUGCGGAGGUGAGAAAUUGGGCCCCUGCGCCAAAGGACAUAGGUUCUCCGCCCGACCUUGGGGCCUGAUGCAGAGGAUGGAGCUGGUGAAUUGAGGUUUAAGUUAAAAGUUUAAAACGUUGCCUUCCUAGUUGUCCCCAAGCUCUUCCUCUAUCAUUGUGAUUCAGGCUCAUCAUUCUGCUAAAAUAUUUAUUAAGUGAUGUUCUGUGACAAUAAAACAUGUGUCUCUUAAAUAUUUUUUAAA